AUGCAGCUUGAGCAACCUCUUGACCCAGGUGUCCUAGACCCUGCUAUGAGCUUCUCAACCUCACGCCAAUGGCCAGGGGAACGACACCCAACGCGGUGGGAUGUCGACGAUGCCAACAAAAACCCCGGUACUUCCUUCUUAGAUCGUUUUCGGGUCGCAGUGCUACACAGCGAGGGUGCGGAAGAGGACAUAUUGCUUGACUCCGACUCUGCCAUCAACAGUUCGGAAGAUCUGGACUUGCAAAAUGCCUUCAGAUACGUCUACCCGAUGGCACUGUUAUCUGACGUACCACCAACUCCACCUGACCACGAGUUGAUACGUCUACAGUCGGCAUUUUCCACGUCUUUCCAGCAGCAUGCCUUUCUAAACUCUGUGGCAAAUUUAUCUUCCUCUUCGAGCUCAAUACCACCUUAUCUUCAAUUUGCGUACGCUUGUUUAGCAUCCGUCACCUCUGGCUCAGUGGACACGAGUCCAUAUAAUGCUACAGAAGGGUCCUCGACACCAGAGGUGUCAGCUACACUUUUUGUUACAGGGGUGAAUCUCUGGUCCGUAAUGCUUGAGGUCGACAACCGGGAAGCCCGUCUGCUCGAUGCAGUCAUUGCCGCCUCACUUCUUUCAACCUAUGGUGUUUUGUCUGCUGACAAUAACGAUUGGAAGAAGGCAUCGGGAGUACUGUGCAACGUCGUUACUAUCUCAAGACGCCUUCAUCUAAGUGACGGAUACUCGCCGCUGUACCAUGGCGAUGAUGUCGCAAACAAAGAUUUCACAGCGAAAAGUGCACUGAUCAGCUAUAUGAUCCUCGUCGACACUUUGCACGCGGUGCAUUUUGGGAUAGCACCAAACUAUUCAACGAGCGAGCUCUUCAUUCGGAUGCCCUCGUCUAAUCAUCACUUUCGUACUAUUUACAAUUCCCUUUUGCAUGGUUGUAAAGUACCAUGCGAUGUGCGCGACCAAGAAGAUGCACUUAUCCUGCUCACGGCGAUACUCAACGAUGUUAUCCAUGUGAAUUGCAACUUCCUGUCGCUACAAUUUCCCGAAAUUGUUUCGAGUCAAGCUAUAAACGGCCAUCGUCAAGAUGCAGUCAAUCCAUCCGUCGAUCGACACUUAAUUGACAAAAACCAGAAACUUAGGAAUCCUUGGGCACCACUGACUGCAGGAUCAGAAUUCUGCCGCCUAAGAGUUCACCUCCUAGCUGCGUUGUCACGAUGGGAAGACCAUUUCAAGCAACAUGUCGGCUCCGAUGUCCUUAGCCUUUACUAUUUCUCUCAGUUACAAUUGCAGUGUCCUGAGAUAUGGGAGCUUCCACACCUUGCAGGAUAUGGAACAGCAUCAAUCAAUUCCAGCGAGCGGGCAAAAUCGACAGCCCAAUUCCAGAUUUCCGACAAAGCAAUUGACUUGCCUUGGCAUAUUUUGGAUCAUUGUGACAAAAGUUCGAGAUCUUCUGCGCCUCAAAUGGCGAUCUGGCUCCCUAUUGUCUUAUUCCUAUCGGCAUUGGUGGUUUGGCAUAAAAUACGCUGUCAAACCAGUACUCAAAAAAAGUACGGUACGCUAAAGGUGCUCGGCAUGUUUAAGAACGAACUUGCCAAAUUACCAUGGCCAUGUUGUACGGAGAUGAUGAGAACGCUGGACAGGCUCAUGGACCAAUGA